GAACCAUAUCAGUGACCAUCACACUGCAGCAUGCACACUGCAUAUGAACUGACGUGAAUGUUUACCUUUCCUGAACAGCACAUGCGAGAGAACGAAGUUCAAACGUAACUGAUGUUUACAGCAGCAUUGGUUCCAUGAUUGACUUCAAGUGGGCACUAAUUAAUGCCUCCGCUGUAACGUCACAAGAUGACUGAGGACUCAACACCACCACAAGGCUGUCGGUGGGAUGGCCACGGCUUUGUGGUGUCUCCAAUGAUGCAUGUGGGAAGUUUCUUAGGACAGUGUGAGGAAGCCCUCGAAAAUGAGGAUGAGAGACUGCCUACUAAGAUGUUAAAAUCAGACCAGGAGCUGGCCGAGGCGAUGGGGACAACACUGGAAAUUGUACAUGAGCUCGGGAAAGUCUGUGGUCCAGAAUCGUUAAAGUGUCCAGCCGAAGAUGUAACUCCACUUGAUGAAGGUUGCCUGGGCACUGAAAAAGGCAUCCCAGCUGGAGCAGAACAACUCAAGACAGUACAAUUGCGACACAGGAAGUACUCAAGAUAUGAGAGAAAAUACAGAAAAUCUGAAGAACACAUGGAUUGUUUUGCGACAUAUGCAGAUGAUGAGGAAGAGGAUUGUGUCGAGAGAACAACAGCCAUCUUAGAUGUCACAUUCUUCAGACCCUCGGAAGCUAUUUCAUCAAAGAACGUGUACCGGUCUUUCUACAUAGACAGAGAGCUUCUAGUCCUUGCAGACCAGAAGUUGACGGAGCUACGAGAUAAGAUAGUCUGUGCUGCGGACCUGUUUAUACCUCAUGGCGAGUACAGCGAGUGUCCGGAUGCGACAAAGGAGCAAGCACAGGACAUUUAUAAAUCCUCGUACUUUCUGAUCGAAGACGAUUUCUAUAACGACUUCAGAGAUUCUUACAGCAAAGAUUUGAGCAAGUGUGUUGUUGACUGGAUGAAGCCUCGCAAGACCAUGACUUCCAAAUCCAUGGAGGAUGUAACAUUCAACGAUCUAAACAUCCGACUUGGCUAUCCGUACUUAUACUGCCAUCUUGGAAAUUGUCAACACAUCAUGGUGUUUACUGACCUCAGAUUGCUCACAAACACCGAUUGCCAAGACCUGAGCAGGUAUCCAGUCCUAACACACAAGCCUUACUGGAGACGUAAUAUCUGCUUAUGCUGUGGCAUCUACACUGCCAGAUGGGUGACCUUGGAAGACAGUUUCUCAACGACGGAUCCAAGUUUCUUCUGUGAGAAAUGCUUCAGAAUGCUACACUAUGAUAAGAAUGGAAAGAAGUUGGGCUCGUUCCAAGCGUACCCCUACGUAGAUCCUGGGAUCUUUAGCUAACAGGCAGUGACAACCGUCAACUCCGCAGCAGCUCGUAGUGUGUGUAUGUUUAUUUAGUUGUCGUUUUGUUGUUAUUUAAGUUUGACAAAGCACAUUUGACCUUCUCUAACAAAACUAAGGCAAAGUCGCAAAAGCAUAUUUUUGGUAGGCAACUUUUAAAUCAAAGUUAUGCAAAAAGGUGGCAUACACGUUGGCAAGAUUGGAAAAAUACACAGAUGUGCGCAUAAAUACAUGCAAUAAAGAUGUAAAUUUGUUCUUAAUUUUGAGAAAUUAGUAAAAUGAUUAGUUGUGGUCUUUGGAGUCCAAAACCCAAUGUUUGAAAAUAGCGAUGAAACACCGAUUGUUUUCAGUAGUUUCUUGCGACUCCAAUGACAAACAGAGCUUAAACUUUCAGUUGCAGGCCUCAAAUUAAUCCACGACAACCAUAGCAAUUGCUAUAGUGCCCUUUGCAAGGUUUUAAAACGAAUUGACAUUUUCCUCAUAGAAGUGGCCCUUAACAGAGAAUUGCUGUGCUCCUUCAAGAAGGAAGUUCAAGGCCUGCAGUUGUGUUUAUUUUUUGUUAACCUGUGCUUUAAUGAGAUGAUUAGUGCAAACCUAUCAUUAGAAAGCUUCCAAACAGAAAAAUGUGCAGAGUUGAUACUUUCUUACUUUGUCUUCUUGUUUUAUGAGGAACCAAUCUCUUGUGUGUUAUCUUGCAAAAAAGGUCGCCUCCUGUACCAGACUUGAAGAAGUAUCUUGUUGUUAUUUUUUUUAAAUACAUUUCAAACUUCACAUGGAGUGUUUACUCUGUUAAGAGUGCUGUGUCAUACUGAGAUGGAGAAAUACACAACGAUCAAAACUUGAAUUUCAAAUCUUAGCAACGCCUGAAAGGGGAUGAACUUGUGACAAAUUUCACUGAAAACGAUGGUUUCUUUGGUUAUGAAAGCACAUCAACUGUUGCAUGUUUUUGUUGUUUUAAAUUAAAGAAUAUUUAUAUGGUUGAACAAGUCUAUCGAGUUAACUGCAAGUGAUGUGUUUUUCAUAUGUUGUCCAGCAGUAAUAGGUUUUGUUCAGGGUUUUGUUCUUUGUUUUUUUGGUGGGGGGGGGGGGGGGGGGCUAACUCUCGGAGUGAAGUUUGUCAAAUGAAAUGAAGUGCAUCUGUAAGGUCUAAAAUGUUUUAUUAAACGACAGACAUUUAUUAGUUACAUGUAUAUAUACAGUAGAAAUGACAUUUAGGUUCAACAUAGGGCUAAGUUCGGAUUUAAGGCUUUUAACAUGAAAUUGUAAACAUCAACCUUAUAGCAAUGAGCUGACGUUAUUAGGCCAUACAAUUACGAAAUGUAUCAUCAUUGGUUUUGCAAGAAUUAUUUCUAAUCCUCUUGUUUUUGUUGAAUACAUUAUACAACCAGUCUGUGAAAAUGCUUAUAAAAUUAGUCACUAGUUGUCAAGAAUUGUUUUAUUUUAUUUGAGUUAUUACUUGUUUAUGUACAUGAUUAUUACAAUUUGGCUUUGCAGUAAAGGGUGAGAAAACAAAUUACCAAAUGUUUGCCAGUACCAACUCUAUAGCAAGUAAGCUUUUAGAUUGAAAACUUUCUUUUGCUAUAAAACAAAAAUUUAAACUUUACAACCUCAGUAAGGAGAAUCCUGUUGGUAUUGAAGAAAUUGAUAACUCGCAAACACAGUUUGUUUGCUUUCGGGUAUGUGUGUCCCCAUUAUACGGUAUGUUAACAUGGGUUAAAGGAAGUUAGUCGGAAGAGGGCGCUAUUUUACAAAAUUUGUACACAAUUCACAGUAAGGGUGACAGAGGGCCGAAUAACUUGCAACUCCAACACUAGCACACAAUGUCUGUAAUUCAGCCUAACUUCCCUCAUUUUACCAUUCGAAGACAAGUUGUUAAGGACAGAAAUAAUACAAACUGUGAGGCCUUUGCUAAAAAAUGUUUCAAAGUCUACCACAGCUUUAUAGCUUCAUGCUGCGUUAAUUCUGAACAAAAAUCAAGCUCAUCGACUUCCCUACGGGCCUCUGAUAGUUCUUGGGAGGCAGCCUGUGUAAAGUGGGCGUAGUUUACGACAGAUUUUCAACGGGAAAACAUCUACUCAUGUUCCUAAAGUGCCUGGGUGCGGCACUUUUGGCAGCCAGCCACAUCGACCAAUAUAUGACCAUGGAGCCAGAGAUCAAAAGCAUUUGAAUUUGUUUUGGAAGGAGCAAUACAUUCUUUUUGGCUACUUUAAUUG